AUGUGCGAAGCAGAGCGUGCGUCCUGGGCAAAGGACACAAAUGAACAGCAAAGCACAGUCCCUUUCCGCGGUGAGCUGCUCACCGCCUGCUCCCCACCGAUACGUGGGUCUGGGGAGGAUGCAGAUGACCUCUGUCCCACACCUGGUCCCCAACCUGUCGAGCACAAUUUCCCUUUUACCAUCAGGUGUAACCAAGCAGGGAAUAACGCUGAAAGCAGAGCAAGGGCAUCCCGAGGGAGAGGAAGAGGCUGGGAGAGAGGCUGGCUCCGACCCUCGUGCCACCUAACACUGCUUCGGAGUAAAAGCCAGAAUUUAGAGGUCUCUCUGCCUGCUGGUGAGGCUGUGAAGGCUCUAGAAAAGUGGCUUGCUCUGGGGGAAGAAAGCUGGAGCCUGAAAUGUCCAGACUGGAAGGGAAAAGCCCAUUUUUCCAGCAUUUUCAAUAGCAGCUCAUUUGCCAGUGAUCCCAGGGAGUUACGGCUGGCUCCGGGCUGCCCGUCUGCGGCUCCCAGCAAAGCUCCCCUGAGCCCUGCAGCUGGCACCCAGCACAACCUGGCCUCGGCACGUGCCGAAACCCGCGGCAAAACAACCCACGACACCAACCCAGCACGCCGACGAACCCACAUUGCCCAGCUCCCCUCCCGCAGCUCAGGGGGGACCAGGCAUCGGGUUAAAUGGUUAAAUCGGGUUAAACACUGCUGCGGAAAUUGGUCUGUCUUUAAGGCUGAGCCCUGGGGGGGUGUUCGGCAGCCCCACGGCAAUGCCCUCUGCAAGCCCUAACGCAGCCUGCGGGCAUGGGGCGAUCCGACAUCCCGCUCCCGGCGCUGGGGUUGGCACACCCUCUGCAGCUCCCCCAUCUAUAUAAAUACGUUAAUAAAAGAUCAGUUUGCAGACGCAGCUUGCUGUAGAUGACAGCAUUAGAGGCGCAUCUGUUUCUACUAAGCACCAGUCUCGUGCUGGGUUUAUUUGGUCCAUUUGUGGCAGGGAAGCGUUGCUUUCGGCAUUCAGAGAUGUCUCACGUCUGGGAGAAGUCGGGGGGGAGAUAUAUUUUUGGCUCUAUUUAGCCACAAAAAUUUGGUUUCAGAAUAAAGAAAAAUAUUCCUCUUUUCUGUUUGCUGCCAAACUGAGGCAGACGAUUUCUUGUGCAAGCCUUCGUUUGUUUGAGAACUCGG